AAAACCAAGUCAUGGAUGCGGGACGACCGUGCCUAUUGUGCCAGGACAACCUGGCGGUUGGCAUUAAGCUCGAAAAUGAAGUGAUCGAAAAUUCAAAGGAACUACUGGAAAAGCUGGUCGUGUGGUACAACAUUGAUCCUUGCAUUUUGGGGAAAAAGUCUUGCAUAUGUGAGCCUUGUUUAGGACAUGUGCUCGACAUGAGCGCAACACUCCGGCGUUGGACCGCAGCGCAAUCAAAGACGGCCCCAUCUGAAACCUUUGAAAUUACGAUUAAGGAGGAAAACCCCCUGGAAAUAGAUGGUUGGGAGAACAUUGAAUUGAUGCCCGAACAGACUUUUCCUGUUUCCUCAGUAUUGGAAGAAAAGAAGGAGCUUUUGGCAAUCGUUUCAACAAAAGCUGCCACCGUAAAACCAUCCACUGAAAACUUCGCCAUUGCAGUACGGUACGAUGGUCUUAUAUUGGCCAAAUUUUACAGGAACAAUACCACGGCGACCAAAAUUAUUUGCACCUGUUGUAACGUCGAGUUGAGUAUCAUUUCCCACAUUCGAACGCACAGCUUAAUGACUCGUGUAGAUCCCCGCUACAUUUGUCGGAGGUGUGACAAAACAUUUAACAGUCCGAAAAAGUUAAAGGAUCACGAGAAGACCCAGAAGCACAACACCAUCUGGAGUCGUUCAAAGGGCUUUGACUUUCGUUGUGUGGAAUGUGGCAAAGUCUUCGAUCGCUACCAUGGGGUCGUACAACACGCCUCUUUCAUGCACAUCUCCAAUAGGUUUUACUGCACCUUUUCCAAGUGUUCGUAUACCUUCGAUAACAAGGCGGAAUUGGACAAGCAUUUGAAAUCACACGAAGUGCCGGUAUAUCAUGCCUCACCAUUGUAUGUGUGCCAUUUGCCCGACUGUGGCCAGUCGUACUACCUGGAGACUCCCUACAACAAGCAUAUGAAGACCUUUCACGGAAUGUACGUGUGCCCACAUCCCGGUUGCGGCGAAGCUAUCAGCCUUUCCAGCCAAGCUCAGCACGCUCAGCUUCACUCAAAAGACCAGAAUGGGAAGAAUCCUUCUAAGCAGGGUCUGGAGUCUAGGACGCACCUUAAGUUCUCGUUUUGGACGUGUUGA